AUGGAGGCAAGACAAAAGUUCGAUGAUGUAGUGAAUUCUGCUCUGGAUUUUAGCUGCAGCAAUCACAUUGUUGUUGUGGCAAUUCCUGAAGGUUUGCCUCUGGCCGUUACCUUGACUCUUGCGUAUUCAAUGAAGAAGAUGAUGAAUGACAACGCCUUGGUUCGAAGGCUCUCUGCAUGUGAGACGAUGGGAUCAGCCACAACCAUCUGCACUGACAAAACAGGCACUCUUACCAUGAAUGAGAUGAAGGUUACAGAGUUUUGGCUUGGUCCAGAAACAAUGACAGAGGAGAAUCAGUCAGAGAUAGCACAACCCAUUCUGCAAUUACUCCGUCAGGCUGUAGGCUUAAACACAACUGGCAGUGUUUGUAUACCGAAUUCUUCACCCGUCCCUGAGAUUUCUGGUAGCCCAACUGAGAAAGCAAUACUUUCUUGGGCUGUGUUUGAUUGGGAAUGA